GAUGCAGAGAGAAACACUUUGCGGCACAAUCGGCAUAUUCAAGACUCCCCAACACUUUGUAUCAAGUUCUGAAUUGUAGAGUUAACCACUUUCUUAAGGAGAGGCUUCACUAAAGCAGGACCAGAGACCGUAACGAUAUGCUAGCUCUGGUCGAUCCUAGCACAUGUACGCAGUUGCACCAGUCAAUGUGCGAUGAGAUGAGGUAACACCAUGUAGCAAAUUGGCCAUCCAAAAAACUGAAACUGGCUAACCCACCGAUCUACGUUCUUGAAGCCAACCUAACCUAACAGGCCUGCAAGCACCAUCUCUACACCCUCUACAGGCCAGCCAUACCUCCCCCAGUCGUCUAUCAUCUGGCCGGGGCACCACCGGCAUUUAGACAGAUUGGUGCGUGCACGCCCGCACGUGAGCAAACACUGAAAUUUUUCCCUCGAUGAGCACAGAUUUCGUCCCAUCCCAUACUCCAUCUCCAUCAUCAAUCAUGGAUAUUUCGAAGCCAGUAGGCUCGGAAAUCACAUCUGUGGAUUUUGAAGUCUUAUCUGACAAUGAGAUUAGAAAGUUGUCGGCCAAGCAGAUUUCGAAUCCCGUUGUUUUUGACAAUUUGGGACAUCCUAUUGCUGGUGGUUUGUAUGACUUGUCGCUCGGUGCUUUCCUCCGAAACGUGUGUACCACCUGUGGGUUGGAUGAGAAGUUCUGUCCCGGCCACAUGGGACACAUCGAGUUGCCUGUGCCUGUCUACAACCCGCUUUUCUUCAACCAGCUCUACAUCUUCUUGAGAUCGUCUUGUCUUUACUGCCACCACUUCAAGCUCAACGGGUUGGAAUCCCACCUCUACCAGUGCAAGUUGCAAUUGAUUCAGUACGGAUUGUUGUUGGAAUGUGUUGAGCUCGAGAACAUGAUUCCCAAGGGCUCUGGCGACAGCGAGGACGACGACGAAGACACCUCUUCGUCUAUGGACUCCAAGGCCAAGCAGGCGUUGCGUGAACGCAGAGAAGAGUUUGUGCAAACAGCCAUUUCCAAGGCCAUCAGCGAGGGCAGAACCUCCGAACACGGGGUGGUGACAUCUACCAUUGGUGAAGAAAGAAAGGAAACCAUCCACAAAUACUACAAGAGAUUGUUGAGCAGACCCAAGUGUGACAAUUGUGGAAUGUACUCGCCAGGAUUCAGAAAAGAUGGGUUCGUCAAGCUUUUCGAGAACGCCUUGACCGACAAGCAGUUGAGCAACAACAGAGUCAAGGGCGUGCAGAGACCCGAUAUGAUGAAGGGAGGCCAGACCAAGAGCACCAGCGGUGAGACUGCCAUGCCCAACAUCAAGCAUAAGGGUGGCUCCAAGUACGUUUUGUCGACGGAAAUUCGCAACAUCUUGCGGGCAGUUUUUGUCAACGAACAGGCCAUCAUCCAGAAGUUGUUCCACUCGCGGCCAUACCAGACCAAGGUGGUGUCGGGGGACAUCUUCUUCAAACAAGCAUUGUUGGUUCCACCCACCCGGUUCCGUUUGCCGUCCAAGUUGGGAGACGAGAUCCACGAGAACGCCCAGAACGAGUUGUUGUCGAACGUCCUCAAGACGGCACUCCAGAUCCGUGACUUGAACGACCAGAUCUCCACCAUUGCCAAGGGCAAAUUGUCGGUGGACGAGCGCAAGAUCAUCUUCAACCGGUUGAUGAACGCGUUCGUGACCAUCCAGAACGACGUCAACGCAUUCAUCGACAGCACCAAGAACCAGAACGCUCCAGCGGGUAAAUUGCCCAAUCCUGGUAUCAAGCAGGCGUUGGAGAAGAAGGAGGGGUUGUUCAGAAAGCACAUGAUGGGUAAGAGAGUCAACUACGCCGCCAGAUCGGUGAUCUCGCCAGACCCCAACUUAGAGACCAACGAGAUCGGUGUGCCUCCCGUGUUUGCCACCAAGUUGACGUAUCCUGAGCCUGUGACCGCCUACAACGUGGGCGAGUUGAGAAAGGCCGUGAUCAACGGUGCCCAAAAGUGGCCUGGUGCGGUACAGGUACAGAACGAAGACGGGUCGUUGGUGUCGCUCGAAGGCAUGACGUUGGAACAGAGAAAGACGGUGGCCAACCAGUUGAUGACGCCGUCCAGCGACGUGGCAGGCUCGGGUCUCGCCAAGAAGGUGUACCGCCACAUCAAGAACAACGACGUGGUGCUCAUGAACCGUCAGCCCACCUUGCACAAGGCGUCCAUGAUGGGACACAAGGUGCGGGUGUUGCCUGGCGAGAAGACGUUGCGGUUGCACUACGCCAACACCGGUGCAUACAACGCCGACUUCGACGGUGACGAGAUGAACAUGCACUUUCCCCAGAACGAGAAUGCCCGUGCUGAGGCCUUGAACUUGGCCAACACCGACUCGCAGUACUUGACACCCACGUCGGGUGCACCCUUGCGUGGGUUGAUCCAGGACCACAUCUCCGCAGGUGUGUGGUUGACCAGCAAGGACACGUUUUUCGACAGGGAAACCUACCAGCAGUUGAUCUACGGGUGCUUGCGUCCUGAGGACGGCCACACCACCAAGAACCGGAUCGUGACUGUCGCCCCAGCCGUGUUCAAGCCCCAGCCAUUGUGGACAGGUAAACAGGUGAUCACCACCAUCCUCGCCAACAUCAAGCCAGAGGGCGUCCCUGGUAUCAACUUGGCCUCGAAGAACAAGAUCCGUAACGAGUACUGGGGCGAGGGCUCGCUCGAAAACGAGGUGGUGUUCCACGACGGCCAGUUGUUGUGCGGUAUCUUGGACAAGUCGCAAUACGGUGCCUCGCAAUACGGUCUCGUGCACUCGUUGCACGAGGUAUACGGCCCUACCAGCGCUGCCCAGGCGUUGUCGAUCUUGGGACGGUUGUUCACCAACUACACCACCAUGAAGGCAUUCACCUGUGGUAUGGACGACUUGCGUUUGACACCCGAAGGUAACCAGUGGAGAAGCGACAUCUUGAAGGAGUCUGUCGAUAUCGGCAGAGCUGCUGCUGCUGAAGUCACCAACUUGCCUACAGAUACCUCCAACUCGUCUCGCGAGUUGUUGAAGCGGUUGGAAGAGAUCUUGCGUGACGACAACAAGUUGGGCAUUCUCGAUGCCGUGACCCAGUCCAAGGUCAACACCAUCACCUCCAAGGUGGUCAGCAAGUGUGUGCCAGACGGCACCAUGAAGAAGUUCCCUUACAACUCGAUGCAGCUGAUGGCUUUGUCAGGAGCCAAGGGUUCCAACGUCAAUGUUUCCCAAAUCAUGUGUUUGUUGGGCCAACAGGCCUUGGAAGGUAGAAGAGUGCCAGUCAUGGUUUCAGGAAAGACGUUACCAUCGUUCAAGCCGUUCGAAACCGACGCUCGUGCCGGUGGUUACAUCAAGGGCCGUUUCUACUCGGGUAUCAGACCCCAAGAGUACUACUUCCACUGUAUGGCAGGUAGAGAAGGGUUGAUUGACACUGCUGUCAAGACCUCCAGAUCCGGAUACUUGCAACGUUGUUUGACCAAGCAGUUGGAAGGUGUCCAUGUCAGCUACGACAACUCAGUCAGAGACGGUGAUGGUUCGUUGGUCCAAUUCCUCUACGGAGGUGACGCCAUCGACACCACCAAGCAAUCGCACAUGAACCAGUUCAAGUUCUGCUUGGACAACUACGACGCAUUGUUGGCCAAGUACAACCCUGGUGACUUGACCCAACACUUGGACACCGACACCGCCCUGUCCUACGCCAAAAAGGUCCGCAAAAACAUGAAGAAACAGGCCCUGGUGCCCCACUACGACCAGCAAGCCAAGUACGACCCAGUGUUGUCGGUGUACAACCCCUCCAAGUAUUUGGGAUCGGUUUCCGAGAAGUUUGCUGACAAGCUCGACGAGUUCGUGGCUGCCAGCCCUGAGCUUUUUGCCAAAUCCAAGGACGAGGCUCGUGCUAGCGGAAAGUUGACUGAAAAGAAGUUCAGAGCAUUGAUGCAAUUGAAGUACAUGCGCUCGUUGGUCAACCCAGGAGAGUCGGUGGGUAUCAUCGCUUCCCAGUCCAUCGGAGAACCAUCCACCCAAAUGACGUUGAACACCUUCCAUUUCGCUGGUCACGGUGCUGCUAACGUCACCUUGGGUAUCCCCAGAAUGAGAGAAAUUAUCAUGACGGCAUCUGCCCAAAUCAAGACUCCUCAAAUGACAUUGCCCUUGUUGGACGAUGUCAACGACGAGCUUGCCGAUUCGUUCUGCAAGUCGGUGGCCCGUGUGGUGUUGUCAGAGUUCCUCGACAAGGUUACCGUCACCGAAACCACUUCCACCUCGGACGACGGUUCCAACGGCAGAGGCUACAAGAUCAACUUGCGCUUCUACACCAAGGACGAGUACGAGAAGGAGUACGACGUCUCCAAGGAGUACUUGGAGAGCGUGAUCACCUCCAGAUUCUUGCAUGACUUGGAGACCCAAAUCUCCAAGGAGGUCAAGAAACAGAAGCGUCCAGACUCCAUGCCUGCUGUGGGCAAAUCUGCCGGUAAAACUGACUUGGAGCACAUCUCAGGCAAGGUCCAAGCGGAGGACGGCGACAUCGAGGACGAGCUGACUCUGAAGAAGCAGGCUGUGUCGUACGACGGCCCUGACGACGAAGAAAUUGAGACCAUGAGAAAGGCCGAGGAGACCAGCGACGAUGACAUCAACGACGACGACGACUCGGACUCCUCCUCCGACAGCGACAGCGACGACGACGAAGAAACCACUCCUGAGCCAGUUUCCUCGCCAUUGUCCAGAUUGGCUAAGGACCGUCAAGCCGAAGUCAUCUCCUCCCACAACUUGGUCACCAAAUUCAACUUCGACGACGACAACGGUGAGUGGUGCGAGUUCAACUUGGAGUUGAACGGAAACGAGACCCAGAAGUUGUUGAUGGUCAACAUCAUCGAAGAGUUGUGCCGCAAGGUCGUUGUGCGUGAAAUUCCUCACAUCGGACGUUGUGUCCACCCUCAACCAGGUGCUGAUGGCAAGAGAAUCUUGACCACCGAAGGUGUCAACUUCAGGGCCAUGUGGGACCAGGAAGACUUCAUUGACGUCAACAACAUCACCUCUAACGACGUGGCUUCCGUGUUGAAGACCUACGGUGUGGAGGCUGCCAGAAACACCAUUGUCAACGAAAUCUACCGUGUCUUCGACACCUACGGUAUCAGUGUCAGUAGCCGUCACUUGGAGUUGUUGGCGGAUAUGAUGACUCGUGAAGGUACCUACUUGGCGUUCAACAGACAGGGCAUUGACUCAUCGACUUCUGCAUUCAUGAAGAUGUCCUACGAAACCACCUGUCAGUUCUUGACCAAGGCGGUGUUGGACGGUGACAGAGAGGAGUUGGAGUCGCCCUCGGCCAGAAUAGUGUUGGGUAAGUUGUCCAACGUUGGUACCGGGUCUUUUGACGUUUUCGCCAAGAUGCCCGAGGUUUAGUGUAUAUAUAGAGCAUAAUGUUAUAGUAUUAGAAGGGAUGUAGGUGGAGUCGGACAGAGCAAGGGAGGAUAAUCCUUUAUGGAUUUCGCAUCUGUGAAAGGUGAGGCAAGAUAGAGUAAUUCAUUACACUUGUGAAAG